AUGACGUUGCAGGGACGGAUGUUGCCCGCAAUGCGGGCUGACCCUGACUGGCUUGUUGCUUAUGCCAAGCUUUAUGCGGGGGUGUGGCCAAAAUUCAGCAAGGGUGAGAAGCUAGCGACGAUGGCGUCUUUUGCUCGCUUCCCUAUAAAUGUCCCGGAUCGCAUGUAUGAGGUGUUACAAGAGUUGAUAGUAUUUUUGUGCGGCCGUUCGAUGUUGAAGGUGCUUGUCAAUGAGGUGAAAGAGCAGGGCGAGCAUCCUGAGGAACCGCCUGCAUCGGCCGCUGAUUAUAUGACGGCCAUGCAGAAGCGGUUGGCGGCCUACCAAGCAGAGGUGCCGGUGAUAAAUUUGGAUGUGAUAACCCUAGCUCCAUCAACGGGGGUUACAUCUGGGGUGAUGGCGCAGGUUGUAAGUGAGACGAGCGAUGAGGCGGUCGAGACUAGUGGCCCCGAGAAGCGUGGACCAAAGUCUGCAGUGGAGAAGCGUAAGGAGCUGAAGAGGGCUGCUCGUACGGCGCGCAAGUUGGUGGCGUCGAAGCAGAUUGACCAGAGGGCGGCAGGGCUGCAAUCGCAGCACCUCUCGAGCCUUAAGGCUGUUGGUCAGCGAGGUGCUGAAAUAGCGAAGGCUGCGUCCGAACCUAUGCUGGACUUUAUUGCGGCAGAGGUUGAGCAAUUCUGUACUAGAUACACUAAUUGUAAGAAGCAGUAUCACGCCAUAUUAGCAAUGGCGGAAGGGAAAAUGGAGCGAUAUCUGUUAUCCCAGUGCGCGACUGUGCCUAACUUCCUGGAGAAGGUGUUGGAGGAAGUGGAAUGGCAGGCGGAAUGGGUGGCGGAAUUAAUCGAAGAGAUUUUCCGGGGGGGGGGGGGGGGGGGAGUCGUCCACAGCAGCAGCAGCCCCCGAAAGAGAAUGCGCCGCAGCAGCCCAAACCGUUUGAUACGGGUUUGCCCAAGGGGCAUCGCUACCCCGAAGGUUUCAAGUACUGGAGUUUUGGAAAGAAGCGAGCUUAGGUGUAUGCGAUCAAGGAAGGCCGCGAGUUGGUGCCCAGUGGUGCGGCACCACGUCCGCCAUCACCUAGGAGGCGAUUCGAGGUGA